GUGCGCAGAUAUCUCCUCAGUGUGCAUUUGGACAGGAUGAACGUGUGUGUGUGUGUUUUGUGUGUCUGACGGGUGUGUUGUCAUGCAGGUAAGGGUCCAGAGAUUCUGACAGCGGGACAGAAGCUGAAUGAUAAUGACUGGCACUCAGUGAAAGUGAUCCGGCGCGGGAGAAACCUGCAGCUGUCUGUGGACAACAUCACUGUGGAAGGUCAGAUGACGGGCGAUCACACCCGUCUGGAGUUCCACAACAUGGAGACGGGCAUCAUGACAGAACGCAGGUUCAUCUCCGUGGUCCCGUCAAACUUCAUCGGGCACUUGCAGGGUCUGAUGUUCAACAGCGUGCCGUAUCUGGACCAGUGCAAGAACGGCGACAUCUCCUACUGUGAGCUGAAUGCCCGCUUCGGCAUGCGGCACAUCAUCGCCGACCCCGUGACCUUUCGAAACAAAGCCAGUUACCUGGCGCUGGCCACGCUGCAGGCGUACGCCUCCAUGCACCUGUUCUUUCAGUUUAAGACCACCACCAGCGACGGCCUGGUGCUCUUCAACAGCGGAGACGGCAGCGACUUCAUCGUGGUGGAGCUCGUGAAAGGGUACAUUCACUACGUGUUUGAUUUGGGUAACGGGCCGUCUCUCAUGAAGGGAAACUCUGAGAAACCUCUCAAUGACAAUCAGUGGCAUAAUGUGGUGGUGUCCCGCGACACAAACAACGUCCACACGCUGAAGAUCGACUCUCGCACCGUCACUCAACACUCCAACGGCGCACGAAACCUGGACCUGAAGGGUGAGCUGUACAUCGGUGGAGUAGCCAAGAACAUGUACAACAGUCUGCCGAAGCUGAUCGCCUCACGGGACGGCUAUCAGGGCUGUCUGGCCUCUGUUGAUCUGAACGGACGUUUGCCCGACCUGCUCGCAGAUGCCCUCCACAGAGUCGGUCAGGUGGAUCGAGGAUGUGACGGACCGAGCACGACGUGUACGGAGGACUCAUGUCAUCAUCAGGGGGUGUGUCUGCAGCAGUGGGAGGGCUUCUCCUGCGACUGCUCCAUGACGUCCUACGGGGGCUCGUACUGCAGCGACCGUGAGUACAAACACCUCACACCAACAUCAAUCAUAUCAUCGCAUGUAAACGGAGGGAGGUUUACGAGGAAGUUAGAGAGUAUGAUUUUAUAAGAACUAAAGAGCCUGUAUAUGAAUUCAUGCCACACUGCCACUGA